ACGGUGAAAACGUCAAAAAUUUGCAGAGCAAAAAGAAAGUGAAGCGGACUCGCGGUGAAAAACAUUUUCGGAUGAGCAUUCUUGACUCACGAAACGGGAAAAUUGCGCGGAAAAGUGAAAAUAUCGUGUUUAUGUAGUGGCGCUUUUUGUUUCGAUACUUAAUUAUUACUGUUUGCUAGGAAAAAUAUACUAAAGUGAAUUUAAAGCAUUGUUGGACGAUGCUUUACUCGCAUGAAGGCGGUCAUCAGUUUUGAAAGAUUGCGGCUUGAACUCAUCCAGCGGUAAAACUUUUUUCGUCUGGUAGCUCCGAUUCCUAACAAGUCCUAUGGAUACAAGGAAUAAAACCUGCUUGUUCUGUCUGAAGCCACGGCAAAUUCUGGUGGACAACCCAACGACCGCCAAAGCCAUUACGGAAAUUUACAACGUUGAGCUUCCUCAUGAUGGCUGUAGAAUUUGCAUAGAAUGCCAUUUCAACGUCGCAAGGGUUCAAGAAUUUAAACGUACCAUCGAAAAUGCUGCCGAUUUCGACGUGGACAGCUGCUUUGUGUGCAAAUCCGAAAGCACCGUCAACGAAUCUGGUGUGGACCGUGUUGUGGACUACCUCAUCAAGCAGUGCACAACAAUUGAUUUCGGGAAGACGGACACGAUCAAGGCAUGCGUCACGUGUUUGCAUGUUUUGGAAACCAGCAUUAAGUGUGAGAAGAUGGCCAAAAAUUAUGCGAGCGCCCAACGCUUCUGCAAACAGUAUUCUACAUUGAAAGAAUGUAACGUCGCACUGUGGAAGAUUAAUUUGGAUGCUCUUGGCGAAAUUUGCGACGAUGGGGGUGGCGGGAGUUCGGUCCUAAAGAAUAACAAAAACAAGAAGAGUUCCAAACGUGCUCGCAGUUCCUGUGGAGAAGAUGAAGGUCCGUCGAAAAAAUCUAAGCUGGAGGAUGAGUCUGUGCUUCCGGUCAUGUUGACCAAAUUGACGCCCACCGGACCGAAAAAAACAUCUCCACCAAGUUUGAAAGGCAAAACCGUAAAGCAAAAUGACAAAAUCUUCAUUAAGUUGCCGCUGUUCACUAGACCGAAAAACAAAAAGCCACGUAAAAAGUUUGGCCCACCGCAUUCGCCAAGUCGAACGAUUCCUGCUUCUCCGUCCGUGAAAGAACUGAAUCAGAUUUUCAGUGUAGAUCUUCGUCCACUGAACAUUCGAAUAGAGCACAUCGACCUGUCGUCUUAUAUGAAUAAAACCAUUGCUCACGACACGGCAAACCGGCAACUGCGGAAGCCAAAAAACGAGGAAUUUAUCGGACUGGACGAAGAGGAUGUGGUUGAACUUCAGAACUGCAGUAUGAAUAGUUCCAUUUGUAAGCGGAAAAGCAUUCUGAUAACCGAGCGGACGGAAAGCCCAAAUUCGGCGAAAAAGACGGUUAAGUUCUCCGAUUCGCCGAGUAUCAAGUACGUGGACAAACUGGAGUUCACUGACGACGAGAAUGGCUCAAAAGAUAAGUCGGACGACGAUGAAGAUUUCGAAGUGAAAAAGAGCAAAAAACGGGGAACGAAACCUCAGAACGGCACUUCCACGCCAGAGAAUGGUAAACCGCAUGCAAAGGGACCUUCGAAAAAUGCUGAAAAUGGUGAAGGUGGUGAAUCGGAGGAAACUGAUCAAGCGGUUGAAAGUGGCAAGGAAGAGAAUAGUGAGAAAACGACAGAAGAGAGUCAGAAGGUAGUUUCGGAAGAUGACAUUAAAGGUGAAACGGAGUCAAAUCAGAAGGAAUCAAAAAGUGAAAAAGAGGAAGCAGUCACUGAGGAUGCCACUGAUGAGAAAUCCGAUGCAGCACAAAAAAAAGGUGUGCCUGAAGAAAACGGUGAAACUAAAGAUCAACCAAAUGACGUCCAGAAGGAAGAAUCACUUACCACCGAAAAAGAUACACCAUCACCGUUAGCACCCACGACAUCUGCGAUGGAAAUCGAGAAUGCAGAUUCUCCAGAGGCAAUGAAAAUCGACCAGAGUGAACAGCCAGCAAUCGAUGCUGAGAUGAAGGCCGUCGAUUCUCCGGAAGAUGUGGAGAUGACAGAAACAAAAUCGCCUCCAUUAGAAGACGUAGAAAUGAAAGAGAUAGGAAGCACCAGCCCCGAACCAGCAAAAAGCAAUGAGGAGGCAACCUCAAGCAACGACACUCCUUCAGAGCCAACCGAGAAAGCAGAUUGCAUCACAGAAUCUAAAGAAAAUGAUAACACAAAAGAUAAGGACUCCCUGGCGGCGGAAUUUGAAGUGUCCGAUAAAGAGGAAGAAGAAAUGGAAAACCUCAAGCAAUCUCUCAGCAACAUCCUGGGUGAAGAAAUUUCAGAUUCCGAACAAGGUGUGAGUCAAGACGCACAAGAAGCAAAGACUUCAAAUUCUGCUGCGGAUGAAGAGCACGGAAAAUCCGAUUCCAUAGCGCCGAGUGAGCACGAGGCCAUUGAAGAAGCGCCAAAAUCGGAAACUCCUAACAACGCAGAUAGACAAUCGCCAUCACCAGAAUCGGACAUAAAGUUAGCAUCGAACGAAUCUCCCGAAAAAAAGAAUCAAUCUUUCGCCUCAUUGGAAGACGUAGAUGACAUUUCCGAUGACGACGAUAUCCUCGACCGACUGGAUGACGCUGAUGAACCAACGGACGGUCGACGACGAUCGCCCGAUCUGCCUCCCUUGGGUGAGGAUAGUCUCUAGGAAUGUAGGGUACGUCGGCCAGAAGGACGCUGAGAUUUAUAUUAUCAUUUCUCCGCAGAUUAUGAGUUUAUUGUUUUACAUUAUGACAGCUUGAAACGAAAUUAGAACGUGAGAUAUUAUGGUGCGCUUUAGGCGACAAGAAUUUUUGUAUACUUUCUUGGAAAAUGGUUGAAUUCUGAUUAAGGGAAAGUUGACUGCGACUUAGUACACAGAAAAUUUUACAUUUUAAAUUUAUUCAAAAAAAAAAAGAUAAAUAGUGCGAACACAUUUAGAUGUGACAUGUAAAUGUUCUAAAUACACCAGAUGAUUUGUAGAGGAACUAAACUGGCAUUGAAAGUAAUAAUAAAAAAAUAUGAAUUAA